GAAGUGUUAGUGUGCGUUCUGCUGUGAUGCUGUGAAGGUGUUGCUACGUGCCUUGUCUUGCUGUGCCGUGUCUACCCUGCCGGACUGUUGACCUUGCAUACCCCGAGGCAUCCCAGUUUUCCAUAGUGCUGUGGUGUAUUGUGUUACAACAACCAUGAGUCUCUACCCAUCACUCGAAGAUAUGAAGGUGGACCAAAUGGGCAAGGUACAAGCUCAGAUGGUGAAUGAGGCAAUCCGGGCAAGCCAGCAAGCCCAGGCUCUGCCAGCCUCAGCCCCCCCCACCCAUGACCACUAUGCACCACCACCCUACCCCAUCCAUCCACCCCAGACCCAGACCCAGCCCAAGUCCGGCCUGGAGCUGCUGUACCCUGCACUGGAUGAGUACAUGGGGCUGGAGUUCACACAGGACAUCAUUGCCGCCAACAUGCCUGAGUACCUGCCUGUGGCCCAGCGACCUCCUGGCACAAUGGGGGUGGCUGUUGGCGCAUCCUCAGUCAUGCCGUCUGGAGUGGUGGCGCCCAUCUCUGGCUCGUCCCCUGGCCUGCAGCGUGGCCAGGUCACCAAUGCCAUCAGGGAGGUGAUUCUGUGCAAGGACAGUGAUGGCAAGGUGGGCAUGAGAGUGAAGGCCAUCAACAAGGGUGUCUUUGUGUGUCUGGUCAAGAAGAACUCCCCUGCUGCAAUGGCUGGGCUGAGGUUUGGUGACCAGGUGCUGCAGGUGAAUGGGCAAACAGUGGCCAGCUACAGCAUGGAGAAGGUGCAUGACAUGCUCAGGAAGAGUCCACCCAAUGGCAUCCAGCUGGCUGUGAGGGACAGACCCUUUGAGAGAGCUGUCACCCUGCAUAAGGACAGCACUGGUCACAUUGGCUUCCAGUUCCGUGAUGGGGAGAUCACAGCACUGGUCAAGGACUCCUCUGCUGCACGGAACGGUCUGCUGACGGAUCAUCAUCUGCUGGAGGUGAAUGGUCAGAAUGUGGUGGGCCUGAAGGACAAGGACAUCUCGGCACUGAUCAGUGAGUGUGGGCAGGUGGUUACUGUCACUGUCAUGCCAACCUUCGUGUACAAGCACAUGAUGAAGCACAUGGCCUCCUCCCUCGUCAAGUUCAUGGACCACUCCAUACCCGACCUGUAAAGUGGCCCACGCACACACAGACACACACACACACACACUUACACACAAACGCAUGUGCACGUGAUACUCAAGGCCGUGGGGGGAUUACACGCACACGCAUCUACUACUACACUCAUACCUUCAUGCAUGUCAGUGUAUACAGGCACAUACAAGCCAGCAAGGAUUCAUAUAUAUACAUACAUACAUAACAUCUAGAAGUGGAGGAUCCCAUGGCCACCACUCACAGAAAUCAGUAGCAUGCAUUUUCUAGUAUACACACACACACACACACACACACACACACACACCUAAGUUUUUUGUUAAAUGUAAGAUUGAAAUAAUUUACCUCGUAUCAUCAAAAUGAGGAACAAAUACUCUUGAAAGAGAAACAAGAGGAAUGAUUUAUAUUCUGAAAUUCCUCAGUGGUCACUUGUUUUGUCACAGUUUAGUCAGUAAGAUAUUAUUGUCUGAUUGCUCCAUCGAUUAGCUUCUGUUGUGCCAAGCUGCCAGUCAUUUCUUGGGCAUGUACUGUGUUGGUUGUAUUUUUAAGGUCUAGUUUUUAAUGACAGUCUUAGUUUGUAUAGGCCUCCCACCUAUAAUGGGAAUGUCAGCCUGGUAUAUGCUUUGAUCAUUCUGUGGACAUAUUUCUGCUAUUUGAGCUUUUGUUAUAUGUGAGGGUGUGGCCACCCAUCAGCAGCCAACUUGUGUAUAAUUGUAACAGCAGCAACAGCAGCCUUGCGGGCAGGUUAUGGAGGUGGCAGUGGUGGUGAUGAUCUGUAGGGUUAAAAGUUUUCUUAUUUAUUAUUAAAGAUGUUUUGAGUUAUUUUGCAUACUUGUUUUUUCAUUUGUGCACAUUUUAUCCAGACAUUGUGCAGGCAUUUGACGCAUACUGAUAUAAACUGACACACACACACACACACACACACACACACACACACACACACACACACACACACACACACACACACACACACACACACACACACACACACACACACACUUUUAUUUCAAUUAUUUGUGUGCAUUCACCCAGACACCAUAUAUACAUUUGAUGCUUACUGACACACUGACACAAAAACACAUACACAAAACAUACACACACGCACUGCAUGUUCAUAUAUCCAAGCAAACAUAUACACUCAGCGCAGCAAAAGCUAUUUCCCAGUAGUGCAUAAGAAACAUUUUUCUCUCUCAGUUUACCACAACCAGUUUCUGAGACGCAUGUCAUUCUUGGCUUAGUGUUGAUGAUUACUAGUAAGACGGCAUGAUUUGUAUGGGUGAAAGACUCUGUACUAAGGAGAGGAGUGGUGUUCUGCAUGGCUAUUGAAAAUGAGGACUACAAGGAUUGUGACGUGUGUGUGCGGAAGAUAUUACAAUGAGUUUUUGGAUCAGAUGAUUUGGAAGAUCGUUGAUUUUGUGUGAAGGAGGAUGAGAGGAUGUGAGUAGUGUAAAAGAAGUACAAGAAGGAUAUGAGGUGAGGAUGUGGGAUAAUGCACAAAAGAAGAGGAAGGAUGUGUGUAAUGUGUAAGCAGAAAACAGGAAGGAUGGGAGAUGAGGAUGAGUGAAAUGUACGUAGGGAAGUGAGGGAGGAAGGAAGAGAGGCAUUGCACAUUAUAGAAAAGAAGAGUUCACAGCAGUGCCAUGACAUAAAUUAGGACUUAGGAGGAAGAUGCAGAAGGGACAGUAUCUCCUCAAAAAAUAUUAGAAGUAAAAAAAGAAAAAAAGUGAAAAUAUAAACUAACAUGUGUGACCUGAUUGUGUAUUUUUAUUUGUUUUUAAGCUUUUUUUCCCAUUUGCUUCUCAUUAGCCACUGUGCUUCUGUCAUGAUCAGAGUCUUCGUAUUGAUGCUAUCAUGCCCUAUUUGUUGCCAAUUAGAACAAUGUGAUCUUAUAUAUUCCUCAUUACUCAAUUAUAUAACUAUUAUUACUGAAGCACUCAAGUUAACCUGUGAAAGCCAGUUUAUUUAGCAGCCUUUACUCUCUCUUCACAGUGUUUCAAGUUUGCUAGUGUGAUAAAACAAAAAACGUGUGUGAUAAAAAUAUUAGAUAUUCCUCAAAUCUUCCAACUCUUAGAUUGACUUAUACUUAACUGAUUAGGGUGAUAUAGAAAAGAGAUAUAGUGUGUGUGGUUGUAGCAUCAGGGAGUGUGGUAGUGUGUGUGCUGCUUUAGUGUUUGGAGUGAGUUGGAUGAGGAAGCAAGGGUGAGGGAGGGUCGAAUGAUGGUGGCAGGGGGUUGAGGCAGUCUUGUUAGGAAAGUAGUGUGUGGUCUGAUAGUCUUUGAAGCAGUAGAGGAUGGUGAUAGCAUCUGAGGAGUGGUGAAAAAUAAGAAUGAGGAGGUGAGGGCAGGGGAGUGGUGAUGUGUGUGGCAGUACAGCUUGAGAAUCACUUAUUUUUCUGAGAAACUUCUCGUAAUUUUACUUAAAAGAUAAGAAUACAGACUAAAAGAUUAUAACAAGGAGAUUUUUCUGUCAGAGGUGGCUUUCAGAAUAUGACUAAAUUUGCAUCAGACCUAUUUUAUUGAAGUUGAGAAGAUACAGCAGCAAAUAAGAAUUAAACAUAAACACACCUCUGCUUGUUACAGGGUUGUGCUGCUUUGGUGUUUUGUCUUUUUAGAGGUUUCAUAGUUUUACAGUUCAAGAUCAAACAUUUUUAAGCUGUAGAGGCAGAGAAAUUUGUGUCAGGGUGAAGUUGAAAGCAUAACCUGUUAAUUGUUUCAUAAUUAUAUAAAAAGCUAAAUCUAUCUUUUCAAUCUCUCUUCUGUACUGCCACAACUCAUCUCUCUUCAGUGCUGGAAGUGUCAGGCAGUGCUGGACUGAAAGUGAAAGGGUCAGGUGGUGAGGAAUAGGAGCAAGUAGCUUUCUUGUAGUGGUGGCAGUGACAUCAGUGUUCCCUACUAAACUAAAUCACUCCUUUCAAUCUUACUCUUCUGUACUGCCACAACUCAUCUCUCUUCAGUGAUGGAAGUGUCAGGCAGUAAUGCACCAAGGAGUGGAAGGGUGAGGUCCUGUGGGAGGGAGGUAAGAGUGCAUAGCCUUGUUGUAGUGGCAGUGGGGGCAUCAGUGUUCCCUACUAAUACUCUUGUCAGUGAGGAGAGUGCCAUACUUAACCUUAGACAUGCAGAGUGAAGGAGUUACAUAGUACUUCAUACAAGCCUUAGUACAUAAUGUAAUAUUACGUAUUUUACACUCCAUUUCACCGUGUUGUUGGAGGAGGAAAACGGAAACUUUUUUGAGCAUCAGGGUACUGUGCUGUACUGUGUGUGUGUGUUGUUGUUUAGUACCUGUGGAGUAGAGGUACCUUUGUUGGAACUAUUGUGUGUGUAUUUGAAGGAGUAGAAAUAGGCUGUUUUGAAUUACAUAGCUAAAGAAAUGGUACAUAAAUGGACAUAAUAAUAUUUUGGUGAUAUAAGCAUGUCAAAUUUUCUUUCUCUGUUUGGUGAAAUACUAGUAUGAUUCAGGAGUUUUGGGAAUAAUAUUGCUUCCUUGUUUAGCCUUGUGUACUUGUGAAAAGAGAUGGACAGACUGACUUAACAGAUACAUACAUUUGGUCUGCAAUGAGUUAGACACACAGACUGACCCAAGGACUGUACACACACCUUGAAAUGAGAGAGACCGAAUCAAGUAGACAGACAGACAGAUUGACUUAGCAACUCUACACAGUCUGUAAUUAGAGAGAGAAGCAAACAGACAUAAAUUAACCCAACAACUGUACACAUAUAAUGAGAGACAGAAACAAACAGAUAGAUAGACAGACAGAGCAAACAACUCUCCACAAACAGUCUGUAAUGAAAGAGACAAACAAACUGACAGACAGACAGACAGAUUGACCAAUACAGCUGUAAACAAACAGUCUGUGAAGAGAGAGAGACAGAGAAGCAGACAGACAGCACCUAGCAAGUUGAAUCCUCAGGUGGCCAGGCCAAUAGUGAGCAACACACAAGUCAAGUGUAUACUAAACACACAAAUCUGCAGUUACCUUAGCUCAUUUUGGUGUAUUACGUAUAGUUCUUUCAUACAUAUAUCCAUUUGGAAUAUUACUACUACACAUACAUCCAUACGUAGCUAAGUUUGUAUCAUCACUUAGUAACCUUGUGUACGCAAUCCUCACACACAUAACACUUUGCUGAGAUGGAAUGCAUGCAUAUAUACCUUCAGUGCGUGUCACAGCACACCACAUCACUGAGCACAAAGGUGAAGAUGUACAGUGGAAGGUGUUAGUCACAGGGGAUGUCUGAGGUGUGAUUUGAAGCCGCAGUGCACCAAGUCUUUGUUCUAAUUGCUCCUGCAGGUGAAGAGAUAGCUAGUGCAGGUCAUAAGUGCCUUCAGGAGCUGUUAGGACAAGAUGCUGGUGAAGAGAGGGAGAGCUUUGCAUCCUGUACUGGUUUACUUUGGUCUGAUCCUGUCAUAUGUAACCACUUGAUUGUAUGUUGUGGUCCUUGAAGGGUUUGUGUGAGAGGGCGGCCCUACACUGCCAGACUGUACGUUGUGGUUCAGGUGUGAGUGUGAGUUGUGCUGCAGUGUGUGAGGGAAAGGAAAGACAGUUUGCAGGACUUUUUUUUUAGGACAAAGGUUGCUGUGAAAUAAUGGCUCUAUCUAAUGAAAGUCUAUAUCUUCAAGUAUUUUUUCCAAACGUUCAGUCAAAAUUGCAUUGUUGAUCUGAAUGUUCAGCUUGUUUAGUGAUUUGUACUUUCAAGUUGCUGAAAUUUUCCUGAUUCAGAUUUUUAACAGUUUUGACUUGUAAAUGUUGAACAAAUGCUGUUCAACUGGUCAUAUUUCACUCAAAGUCCACCCAUUGUUACUUAAGUUAGUAUACAACAACAUUCAAUAUCUGCUCCACAAAUACCUCGAGUCAGUCUAUGAGUUAGUCAGCCUCACCACAGAAAAGCCAGGAUAUAUUGUCAUAAAGAACCUGCAAGCAUCAGUCUAUCCCUUCCUCUCACACAACAAAGCAGCAAUCUCACAGUGUCCUCAGGCAGGUAGUGCUAUGGAGAGCAGCAAGGGAGUAACAGUAUCCCUGCAAGAACCAGAUUGUAUGAACUUCCUCACCUUCACCACCACACUUAACAGGAGCUCACCAUGACUCUGUAUAAGUGUAAGCAGCAGGUCGUGUGAUCCGUAUGCUUAUGUUUUCUUGUAUAAGCUUGAGGAAUGUGCAAAUCAAAACAGAGUGACAUCCAGUUAAAGGGUUGGAGAUGCUGGCCUGUAUACAAUUCCUUCACUGACCUAAGGAUGUUGUUAUUAGGGAUGAAAGUUAAAUCACAAAGCAGUCAUUACCACAUAUGAACACUCAACGCCAGAGGUAUUUAUCAUGUAUUUGUAUGGAUCAUAAUGUACCACUUUUAAACUUCAUUAAGCACUCAUGUCCUACACUAGUUCAUUCACCAGCCUAAUAGUUAAUUCACCUGACCAGUGCACACCUUCCACUUUCAUUACCUGGAUGUGACUCUGAUGCUUCUAGGUAUUCAGAAUUCUGCGUGGUAAAGAUUAUACAUCCUGAAAUGUUGUCAAGGUGGUGUUGAGGAUUGGUGGUGGUGGUGAUGGUGGUGAUCGCUGGUUCCCGCGGCAGCCAAGGGUUGAUGUGAUAAAUGAAGUUGCAAUAUAUUACUGUAGUCUUUAUUAUAAGAAAACCUUAAUGUCCAA